AUGUCAAAGCGGAUUCGCCUAGGAAUCGUCGGCCUUUCGGCUGACCCCAGUCAUUGCACCAACUACAUUCACAAGAUUCCCUUGACAACAACACCUUUGAAAGAAAAAUAUGAGAUUACGGCAGUAUCUAUGUCAUCCCCAGAGAAGGCCGAGGCGGCAGCCAUUGCGCACGGCCUACCGCGAGAGAGAGGAUAUCAUAGUGUGGAGUCACUAGCCAAAGACCCUGAUGUGGACCUGGUCGUCGUCUCGGUCAAAGUUCCUCGCCGCGCGGAGUUGGCUAUGGCUGCUAUCGAGGCUGGUAAAGAUGUCUAUGUUGAAUGGCCAUUUGCCUCGAAUUUGGCCGCGGCCGAAGCGUUGGCACAGCGUGCGCGCGAACGGCAAGUGAAGAGCAUGGUAGGCUUGCCCACGAGGCUGGCACCGCAGGUCUUGAAGAUGAAAGAGAUUCUUCGGUCCGGAUCCCUGGGACGCAUCCUGGCCACCAAUCUACUCGUGACAGACGACCUGUUUCUGAAAUUCCAUGCCGACAAAAGACAUUCUCACGAUAAGACGAAUGGAGCGAAUAUUGUCACAAUUGCCGGUGGUCACUUACUCGAUGCCAUGGCCUUCCUCCUGGGCGAGUUCACCACCCUCCAUGCACACACUAGCAUGUUGUUCCCAAAGCCUGUCUUGUGCGAUACCGACGGCAACCUCAAGACUGGUCAGUUCAAUGAUUCUCCAGACACCUUCACUAUGCACGGUAAGAUUGGCAUUUCUGAGGUUCCGGUGUCGGUGUGCAUGUAUUCACAUCCCCCGACUACUCCAAAUCUCUUUCAAUGGGUUAUCACCGGUGAGAAAGGAUCGUUGAAGAUGGAGGGACCAAGUUUGAUGAUUCACGCCAUUCCUCCAAAGCUAAUGAUGACCUCCUUUGGGUCGGAGACUGUCUGCUGGGAGGAGAUCUCCCUAGAGAACACCAUAGUGUCAGGGGCAGAAUAUCAGGCUUGGUUGGACAACGACACUGAGCGGAUCGUAACCCUAGAUGAAGCUGUGGUUCGGUAUCGCAUGGUGGACGCCAUCUUGAGAAGUGCCGAGUCCGGGCAGUGCACGUCAUACCGCUACGACUAG